CGUAAGACUUGGAGACAAAAAAAUUUUUUCAUUCCCGUAACUAAUUGUGCCGAACAUUUAUGGAAAGUUUCGUCAAGAUCGGAUGCACGGUGUCGGAGAUAAUUUCUGAGGGGGGGGCCCUUAAGUUUUAACUUAAAUGACCAAAUUCAUUUCAGGAACUGACAUAUGAAAUUUAGUUUCGGGUAGUUUACAAUAGCUAUCAGUGUACAUUUUUCUUUAUAACUAACAGUUUCCAUAACACUGUUUUAUUUGUUGCUGAGUUUGUUUCUCGAAAAACAAGCAUUGCCACGAGGCUCAACAUCAUCGAUAACUUAGGUUUUCUGCUGAUUUCUAAGAUUACCAGAUCUAACCAUAACGAAUUGCUCAUUAGAAAGUAUGUUCCAUUCGAGACGUCGAGAGUAUGUGGAUGUUGAUUUUGUGCAGAACUGCGGCCGGUUUCUUAAAAAAACUUAAGUCAAACAGAGGUCAUGCAGUAAAAAACAUUUGUAGUUUAGACAACUUAGAUUAUUUUACAACAAUUUUCUGAACAAAAUCUCUGAAAAGUUAUGUUCAGCCUAAUUAUGAUGAGUUGGUUGAGUUACGAACUUCAAGUUACAAAAUUUAAAUAUUUUUCCACUUAAAAGUUUAAGUGAGAUUGAGAGGUGAUUUAAGUUAAGUAAUGUUCGAGAAACACUUAGCUAAAAAUUUUGACUUAAUACAAAGUUUUCAUAUAAGCUUUGCUUUAAGUUUUUUUUAAGAAAUUGACCACUGUCAAGGGAGAAUACUUUAGGCUAUUUAGCCGCUAUGUUACACUAAAGAUUCUUCUCAACUUCAGAAUCUGAGAAUUUCUUCUUGCUUUCACCCGACAAAUACAUUACGUGAAAAAUCGAGAUGUCUAUCGUCCAAUAUUUAAGAAGAUACAGUAAAGUUUUCUCUACACAAGAAAACUUCGAACUUUUUAACUCUUUUUACUUUCGACAACUAAUGACAUUCUAUUGUGAAAUGGAGAAUAAUAUGAAAAGCUGUUUUUCAAUAAAUUCUCUUAGCGGCUUUCCUCUUCACAAUAAAGUGAUGCAUAUCUUUUUUUUUAGUGUCUACUGUAACAACAAUCGAACAACUCUCUAUUGAAUUAUGGCGCGACAUUUUUGAUUAUUUAAUGUCCUGUGAAAUUAUUGCUGGUUUCUCUGGACUUAAUUCACGUCUAAAUCGCUUAAUUAAUUCUAUUCCGCUCUUUAUUGAUUUAUCGUCGAAUAUAUCCUUAACAACAUACAAGAAUGUUUGUCAGUCAUUUCUUUGUCAUACUGGCUCAAUUCUUUCGCUAAAUUUAGCUGAGAAACACAAAGUGGGAGCUAUUGAUUUAUUUCUAUCUUUAACUGAUAUUAAACAGUUUAUCAAUCUUCAAAAAUUAGUCAUUGUAAAAGCAGAUCACGACAAUCUCAGCACUAUUGUUUUCAAACUGCGACAUCUAAAACAUCUAUGUACACUAAAGAUUGACGAUGAUUUGUUUAGAAACGUUGAAAAACAUAUUAUCAAGAAAAUUUUGACGAUAAAAUCUCUAAGAAGAUUAGAUUUAUCUACAAUCAGUAAAAAAGGAUAUGCAUAUCUAAAAAAAUCGUCUAUCGAACAGCUAACACUCAACCAAUGCGAUCGAAAUCUCAUCUAUUAUCUUCCACAAUCAAUCAAAAGUUUGACAGUCACAAAAGAAUUAUCGUUGCUUUUCACAAAACCACCAUAUUCACCGACAACGUUUAGUUAUCCAAAUCUAACACACUUGAAACUGACCGUUCACCAUUUUAUCAAUCAUAAUGAUGAUAUUAAUUACUUGAUAAUAAGUAUUAGUCAUUAUGCUGAAUACGUAUCAAUACAAUUACUAUUUACGGGAAAUUUACUAUAUUAUUCGGGUGAUUUUUGGGCUGAAUAUUUAUCAUCAUUGCCUUUUACGUGUAAAAUCGAAAUUAUCGUUGAUACUCCAGUCUCAGAUACCAAUGAAACACAUUUAAAUUAUAUUAAACAAACAUUUCAAGUAUCAAAUCAAUUUUGGAUUCAACAUAAUUUGAAUGAAGAUUAUGAUCUUGUUCGAACAUUAGAAAUUCGAACAAACGAAAAUUAUAGCGAUCGUCAUUUUCGUAAAUUAAAAGUGUUGAUAUUCUCUCUUUUUGGCAGUUGUUUGCCGUCCAUGAGCGGAGAAUGGUUAUCGAUACUGAACAAAACUGUUGCUUCAUCACUACCGCGACUGAAGAAAUUUGUGCUUGAAAACAGCUUCAAUGACAAUAUUGAAAUAGAAAUAUUUUUAACCGAAGUAUUGACUCGUGCGCCAAAUCUUGAAAUAUUAAUAAUUCGCCACAGAGAUAUUUUCGAAAAAUUGAUGGACGUAAUAAAUCAAAUGUCACAUCCACGACGAAUUGUCCGAUUAGUACUUUGGACAAAUUUAACACUUGAAAGAGCUGGUGAACUCGUUCGAACAUUGCCUAAGUUACAACUGCUAGCAUGUGAGAUAGACGAGAAUGAUUUACAACGAGUGUUACCCGUAGUAUUUGAACAAAUGAAACAUUUAGUAUUGUUGCAGAUAAUUGUUUCUCAUGCUUCAUACGAUUAUUCAAAAAUAGGUACAUUGUUGGACGAUAAACGAUGGACAAUAGACGAGAGAAAUGAUAGUAUAUUAGUGUGGAUGUGA